CUCCUCGCACGCAGAGUUGCUCAUAAUAUUUGAAGUCAUUCCGGAGUCUCAGUCAACAGAAUGUGGCGUCUACUCUGUCUCCUAGCAGCACUGCAAUUUGCGGGCGCCGCACCCAUUAGCAGCGGCACUCAGCUGGCGUACGACGUAACCAACGAGAUCUUUGCCAUUGUGGAGACCUCCUGCCUGGAGACUGCCCGGCUGCUGCAGCGCGUCCUUGACGAUGCGGAGCUGCUGAUGCCACCAAACACACAGAGCGAGAUCCUGGAGGCCUUUGGGGAGUUUGUGGAUCUCGUGAAGCAGAUCGACAUGGAUGACUCGGUGCAGCUUGAACUUCUUGCCACCGAUCUCGACUAUCUCUCGGAUAUCUUUGAUCUAAAGGACUCUGCGGAGCUGGACUCGGAGGCGGAUCGAAUGGUUAUGCGUCUGCUGCGGCAGCAUGGCAUCGACGAUUUUGAGGACAUGCUGCUAGACAGAUUCGAUGCGGCAUUGAAGCGGAUUGAGGGGAAGGUGGAGUCCUACAUCGGCGGCAUGUCAGAGAGCAAACUAAUGCGGAGAACAGAGCUUCUCGAUUGGUUUGAAACAUUCAAAAACGAAAAGGAUACACUCGAUAAACUGUCCUUGCUACUGGAAAGUGAUUAUAUAUUUUAGUUAGAGAAAAAAACUCAAAUUAUUUAUUUGUAAGAUCAAAAACAUUGUUUCACAAUAUGUAAAUAGAAAGCGGAGUUU